CACUCCGCGGUUCCGCCAUCAUCCCUACCCCUAACUAAACAAGGGUUCAAGGGAGACGCACAAGUCGGGGUAGGAAUAGGCUAGCCCCUUUCCUUCAAUAGACCUUCUCCUUCAAUCUUCGAUCAGUCCACACUCGGUGCUGUGCUCGUGAAGUCGUGCUCUCCUCCGUCGUCGAUCAGUCGAGCCCAGACAUUCUCUUUCGUCUUCUCCGCGGCGCCCAAACUCAGCUCGUGAAGUCUUGUUCUGCUCCCAGUCGUCGGCUUGUCGCUUAGCUCCCCUUUAGACUUUCCGCGAGUGCUCACCGUCGAUCGCUUGUGCUCUUUCUCCUCGUCCUCGUCCAGUCGUUCUGCUCGUGUUCAGAUGAAGGUGAAGAAGCAGAAGAGGCACAGGAAGAUUCUCACAUUUUACACUUCUUGCUUUGAUUUUCGGAAGCCUUUCAAGGUUUUGUGUGAUGGAAAUUUUGUACACCACCUUCUUCAGAAUAAGAUAACUCCUGCUGAUAAGUCUCUUGCUAAUAUUCUAAAUUCUGAUGUCCAGCUCUUCACAACCAGAUGUGUUUUAGAGGAGUUGAAACGACUUGGUCGCUCAUUUACUGGGUCACUUGAGGCAGCUCGUCAACUUAAAAUUGCCAGAUGUGAGCACGAAAAAUGUGAGCAUGCUGCUAAAUGCAUAAUGGAGGUUAUUGGAGAAAACAAUUUAGGGCACUUUUUUGUUUGCAGUCAAGAUAUCGAACUGCGGAGACAGUUGCAACAGGUUUGCCCCACUUUCAAUUACUUGCUUGGCAAGUUUGUUUCUCUUUAUUCUAUCAUUAAUGAAAUCUUGGAAACGUUAUUGACUUGAUUGAUUAAGUAGACG